AUGCGAAUCAGCCGAGUCCUCGAAGAUACGCCCAACGACGAAAUUGACACAUACUCACGUCUUGAUUCGAAAACUUCGCGCCAGAUUCAGACUACUCGCGCUGUCAGCAUGGAACGUACUUCUUCCGGAGCGGCGGGGACUCCUGGUAAACAAGGCAAUGCUCAGGACCCUCAGCUCGAGAGUGGCUCCACCAAACAGGAUGUGACGAAGGGACAGGCGAACAGCCACGAGUCUCAGAAGCCGGCUGUUGGGCAGCAGCAGUAUGGUCAGAAGCACAGUUUUGAAGAGGACGAGGAACCGGAGAAGCUCGGGGCUUGGGGGCGCAGGGCGGCCAACGUCCAUGCCAAAAAAGGGACUUCUGGGCAGGAGAGAGAACUCUUGCCUGAUUACCUUGUGAACAAGUAA